AUGGGCAACAAACACUGGACCACUCGCACCAACUACAGAACCAAUCCCCGAGGAGGAGGAGGAGGGAUUCCUGUGACUACGGCGACUGUCAUUCUUCCGUCUCCCUCUUCUAGCAGUGGCGGUGUUGGAGGGAGUACAGCUUCGAAGGGUGCUACAGUUAGUGGGACUGGUAUUGGAGCAGGAGGUGGUAGUGGUACAGGAGGACUGACUGUGCCAACUUCUGGGCCUGGAUCGGUGCCAAAUAGUCCCAAGAGUAACGGCAGUUCUGGGUCUGGCUCAUCGUCAUCGUCUGGUUCUUCUAUGGGUGCCAUCAUUGGAGGUAUAGCAGCAGCAGUCGUCAUCAUUGCCGUGAUAGCUGGGUUCUUAUUCUACAGACGCCGUAAUCGCAGGUCUUCUCUCGACAAGACUCAGAACCGUCUUGAUACCAAAGGGAGAGGUCAAGGAGCAGGCAGAGGUGGUGAUAAUGACCCACCGUUGAUGGAAGAUGGCAAGAUCGAGGAGGCUCUUAUUGACGAGAAGGACGUGACAGGUGAAGGCGCAAGGGCCUCUGGUUCGACAUCUGCUGCUGCCACAGAAGAGGAACUAGGAGGGCUUGUCACUCGCAUCAGGGGACCUCAAGUCUCACAUGCAGACAUCGACGACCUCAACAUCAAGACGCCUCUCCACGAAUUCGAAGCUCAAAGGAACAGCUGGUUGACCCCACCACCCCCUUGGGAGAAAGGCGGCGAUAGCGGUGGUAUUGCAUCUGGAACUGGGUUUGGUGGUGGCGAUGGGGUGGCUGUACAAAAUUUGGUCAGCCCUGGCAAGAAUGCAGGAGAGAAGAGUCAUGGGCCCAAAGAUCUUGAUCGUUCGAAUCUGUCUGGACUGCCAGCUUCAAAACUGAACGACAUUGAUGACGAUGGAUACAGUGUCACCACCACCAAAAUCGACGACAAUAGUAACACCACCAGUCAAAGCAACAGUAACAACCUCGUCGAAUUCGUCACUCCUGACGCCGCCAAUAUCAACACCACCACCGCUUUCUGUGCUGACCGGGAUAGUGUGGUAAAGGAUCCCACAGUGCCAUCGACAACUGGUGGUGUAUCAGAGGAGAGGGCGGCGCUGAUCAAUGCCAUUGCGGCGAUGAAGGCGCAGUAUGACGAGCAGUAUCAACUCAUCCACGAGGACCUUGCCGGCACUAGCAGCGUUCCUUGA